UGCAAGUGGCGUGAAACGUCGAUCGAUCCGUUCAAGUAUGAAAACCGUAACAGAGUUCUUUUUUAUUCUGACCAGUCUCCUCCUGGUCUUUCAACUCGUCAAAGGUUCGGCCGAUCCGGAUGACUUCAGGAAAUUGACUGCCAGUGUAAGGGCAAAAUGCAUCGAAGAAACUAAAACGACCCUUCAGGCUAUCGAGGAUACAGAAUUUGGCGAGUUUCCGGAAGACGAUCGAUUGAAGUGUUACUUCAAGUGUGUCCUCGAGAAAUCUAGCAUGAUGGACAAAAACGGAAAGAUCAAGUACAAUUUACUGAAAAAGAUAAUACCGGACGUUUACAAAGAUGUCGUUCACGGUAUGAUCGAUAGUUGCACCGAAGUCACUGCAAAGGACCAUUGCGAGAAGGCGUACGGUUUCAUGAAAUGUUUGUACGCCGAGAAUCCCAUGUUCUUUAUCGCCCCGUGAACAACCUAGAGGGACUAACCCGUUUCGGGAGAACCGGGGCCACAGUAACGGAG